AUGGAAGACACCAACGAGAUCGAAGACAUUUACGAGAUUGACGAUACAGACGAGUGUGGUCUCCGUUUCAGUGAUGCAAAGUACUACGAUGGUCCUGCUUUAGGUAAAGACAAUUAUUUGAAUGAAGAUUCAGAGAGGGAGUUGCGGGAAAAACUAGAAGAUCCAAUGAUUAAACCGAGAGAGGCUGAUAAACCACCUGAUGAAGAAUUUCCACCGGCUGAUAAAAUUAAUGACGAUGUGUAUACCUCCGAAUGGUAUUAUGCUUUGAAAGGGAAGGAGGUGAGAUCACUUACCUAUGAAGACUUGAAGGACAUCACAUUUCGCAACGUUAAAGAAGGCGAGAAGUUCUAUGGGUAUUACUGCUUUGUUGUUGGGUUUAGUAAGAGGGUUUAUAAGAACGACAAGGUUACAAUUAACGGUGUAGAGCAUGUUUCCAGGAAGGUAUGGUGUUGUUCAAAAGAGGGUUGUGAAAAGAGUGCAGCAAAUGGAAAGCAGGAUGUGGUUCAUAACACAGAAACGUCAACUGAAGAAGAACAUGCGAGUGAGGAUGAGACUUGUUUGAAGAAGAGGAAGAAGACAAAGAAUGCUGUGAGGGGAUUGAAAUAUUCCAGAACAGGAUGUGAAGCUCUUUUUGUAUUGAGAUUGGAUAAGAAGACGAUGUUGUACACAGUUCGAAAGUUUGUGACUGAGCACAAUCAUGGGCUUGCAGAACCUGUGGAGCGACAGUUUCUAUCAUGUUUUAGGGAAGUGACUGAGGAUGACAUAUCUGUCGUUCUAUCUCUGCGAACGGCGCAUGUCCCUACUAGUGUUGCGUAUGAGUUUCUAGCGCUUCAAGCAGGGGGCCCUCAGUUUGUUGGAUUCAUGUUGAAAGACUUGUACAACAAAUUGGACGAAGUUAGAAAACAUAAUAAUGACAAGGGUGAUGCACAGGCUGCCAUAAAUUGGUUGCGAAUGAAAGGUCAUGAAGAAGAGUCUUUUUUUGGCAGGUAUACUCCUGAUGGGGAAGGGAGGUUAGCUAAUCUGUUUUGGAGGGAUACUGAGUCCCUUCUUGACUACAAUGCUUUUGGUGAUGUUGUGAUAAUAGACAGUACGUACAAGACAAACAUAUACUGCUGUCCGGUUAUUUUAUUUGUAGGUUCGAACAACCAUAGAGGAAGCGUCUUGUUUGCAUGUGCCAUUGUUGCUAAUGAGAAGGAGGAAACAUUUACUUGGGUGAUUCAGAAAUUCCUUGAGAGCAUGAAUAACAAGCAUCCAAAGACGGUUGUGACUGAUGGGGAUGAAGUCAUGCGUACUGUUUUAAACAAACUCUUGCCUACGACGCGGCACAGGCUAUGUGCGUGGCACAUUGGUAGAAAUAUUGGGCAGAAUGUGAAGGAUGCGGAGGUGCAAAAAGAAUUGGGGAAGAUGAUUUACGCUUCUUAUACCAUUGACGAAUGGGAGGACGCUUGGGACAAUAUGGUAGACAAAUUUGGGUUGGAGAACAACAUUUGGAUUACAGCACUUUACGAGAAGCGUGAUAGGUGGGCAGAAGCAUUUUUUAGAGGUCAGUUUUGUGCGGGGAUGUGCAGCACCCAAAGAUGCGAGGGUUAUAAUGGUAAGAUUAAGACUCGGAUUGGAAGGUUUACUGUACUCUCUGACUUUCUUCCCAGAUUUGACUCAGGUGUUGGUUAUUUGAGAAACCGUGUUUUGCUGGACAUUUACAAGUCCAAAAACCAGAAGAGAAAAUACGACUCCCAUCUUAAGAGAGUCGAGGAAGAUGUAUUCAAUAUCUUCACGGAUGAUAUAUUUGUGGUUAUAAAGGGUCAGAUAUUGCUGGAGGCCAGGUUCAGUGUGACUAGUCGUAUUCAGUUUGGUGGGUCAGAAGACUUGAUGUUUUACUUGUCCCAAUACGAGAGACCAAACCGUAGUUGGACAGUGCUGUACAGGCCGGUUGAUGGAGUGUACUCAUGUUCUUGCCUGCAAUACGAGUCAGAUGGUAUUUUGUGUCCACAUAUUUUCUCAGUAUUGAAAUAUCAGAAUGUGAGUGUAUAUCCGAAAUCAAUGAUUCUAGAUAGGUGGACUAAAGGGGGUGGGAGAUUGAAAGUUGAUCAUACAGCCGCUAAAAGUGGUGACAACAUGUCAGGCAGACUUCUAAGGUACUCCGCGCUUAUGGCCGAAGCAAAGAAAGCAUGUCAUAACUUGUCUUAUUCAGCUGAAGGUUUUGAUACAGGGAUGGUCCAAUUGUGUGGGCUUGUGGAGAGUUCCAAGAACUACCGGGCUAGCAAAAAACCAAGGGUGGCAGACCAGGAGCCUGACAAUGGCAUGUGUAAUGUCCUAAAAGACCCUGUCAUUGCAAGAACUAAGGGUAUGCACGGUAAUAAUGUGGCAGCCGCGGUUAACGGGAAUGUUGGAGAAGGUAACAAGUGCGGAAAGUGUGGUAUUCCUGGUCACAACAUACGCAGAUGUCCGCUUUUAGUGGUUGAAACAGACCUGGCUGGGAAGAGUGUUAAAUCUGGGAGGUCUGCACAAUCUGGGAGGUGUGACAAAUCUACCAAGGCCGACAAGUCCGGUGAUGCUAAACAAUCUGAUAAGUCUGCUAAAGCCGGUAAUGCUGCUAAAUCUGGUAUUGCUGUUAAAUCCGGGAAGGAAGUUUAA